CGCUGCGCGGCUUGCUUCCUCUUUCGUUUCUUGGGAUUUUUGGUGAUCUAUUGGUCUCGCCGGUCCGCGAUUGGCCCAAAACUUUUGCAGGUACUUGCGUAUUUGCUUGUCGUCUGCUCUGCUUUCUCGUCUCGCUUUCGCUCUCGCCGCUCUCUCCUUAUCGGUCUCGUUUCGGUUCAGGUGAUAUUUGACGACUCGCGCCCGACUCCGCUCGGGCGUCCACGACGCGAUUUACGCUUAUGAUUAUGACCAUCUGUACCAUACUCACGCACGAACGAUGAUACUACCAUUCGCAUUUUUAGGACGUUUGUACUAUACAUCUAUCGCGCACUUGUGUUGUGUCUAUAGUGCUGUACCGCUUACUACUGACCUAGUCGCAUCCCCAGCUCAGGCAAUGCAUCAUCAUAUGCCCAUGCAGUACUGUCUUCUAUGUACUUUGUCAGCAACUAUGACGAUACUUCAUCCUCUUGACGCCUGGAAAGCAGGGGACCUCUCGCUUAGAUACGUGAAGGCUCGGACAUCGGGAUUCGACGACCGCACCGGGCACAUGCUGGUACACAACUCCACCGUGCAUACGGGGUUACGGCGAGUCAAUGCACUAGAAGAACGUAGGUGCCUUGCGUCCGCAAAACAAGCUCGUCCUGUGACCACGGUACGAAACACCACGCUGGUUGCCGCCCAUUUCCGAGCUGACGCACGUAUGCACAUAGGAGGGUACAUACACACUUGUGCUUCGUCGUCCAUGCACUCGGGCACGGCAGAUCCCAGCCUCGGAGUGCUUGCCGCUCGAUCCUAGACCAUUCCCUGCGAACCCCAGAACCGUCAGGUGCGAUCACCCGCAGUGUAGGUUUACACUGGCCCACCUGACGUCGAGAUCCGGCUCGC